CGUAGCGCCUAAUGUAAGAAGCGAACGAAGACUACUGAUUAGUAGAUAUUUAGCGUCGAUAUUGACAUAAUAUCACCACUCUUUGCGGUAUAAUGGCCUUGGCGCUGAGUACUUAGUCUGCUGACUUGGUAUGGCGUCGCGACGUGAUGCCCUUGGCUUAUGUGCGCGAAUCCGUCAUCACUCAACUCACUCCAGUCUUAUAAUCUGCGUAUACAUCACGACCGCUACUACAUGUGAAGUCUCUUUCAUCGCUAUCGAAAGCCCAAGCAUUGACUGACAGUCACUAUUAAUGUCUAAGCUAGUAUGUUGGACGGCAUGAAGUCAAGAUGGGCUAGUUCCAUAGCAUUGGCGCUGCUUACUGCAUAUGUCUCAUGUCUUGAGUGUAACGUGGCUGCUUUUGAAGCCGCGCUGGAAACAUUGGAGCUAGAGGGCUUCUCGAGUUCGUCGGUCGUAUACGCCUCGACCAUUCCACCUGGUGGCUCUUCGUUUGAUCCUAGUCCGGAGUAUCCUAUAAACGCUACAUACCUACCUGAGCUAUGCGCUGUUAAGUUCAACGUGAAGUCAUCUGAGACUACUUCAUACAAUUUGGCGAUUCUACUUCCGGGUCGAGAGAGAUGGAAUGGACGGCUUAUGACUACUGGAAAUGGAGGCUUCGGCGGCGGGAUCAAUUAUCCUGAUAUGGGCGAAUACACACAUUACGGCUUUGUCAGCGUCUCGACAGACACUGGCCAUCUCUCAGAUAUCGGAGACAGUUCAUGGGCGCUGAACAACCCGGAGAGUAUUGUCGAUUGGAGUUAUCGUGCCCUACAUGGUUCAGUUGCACUUGCUAAGCAGAUUGUUCCGGCUUAUUACAGCAACAAUAAGACUGCCGCAUCGCUUGUUAAAUUCUCAUAUUACACCGGGUGUGCCACUGGUGGUCGUCAAGGUCUACGAUCGCUUCAGCUCUAUCCGAAUGAUUUUGAUGGUGUCUUGGUUGGCGAUGCGGCUUGGCAAACUACCAAUCUUCAGUCGUGGUCGACGUGGAUGCCGCUUCAGAACUAUCCCCCCAAUGCCUCCUAUCAUAUUCCCGAAUCUCUAUUUAAUUCGGUCACGGCUCGAAUUACAUCUCUAUGCGACAGCCAAGACGGCAUCAUCGACUCCAUUAUUCAAGACUCUGCGGGAUGCAGUAUAGAUUACGCCUUCUUGCUUUGCUCUUGCCCAACCAGAAAGCAGACUGCUUGCUUAACUAAGCCUCAACUCGCAACUCUAAGAAAGAUGCUAUCUCCCUAUACGAUUAACGAUGAAAUCGUCUUUCCAGGCUUACCCCUUGGAAGCGACCCUUCUUUACUUGCUUCUGAAAGUAAUCCUAUCGGCUAUGGAUAUUUCCAAAACUUCCUCUACAACGAUACGUCGUACAACUUCACGUUAUAUACUGACGAUGAUUAUAUUGCCGCGGCCGCUGGUGACCCUGGCCAUGCAACAGCAAAAGAUUUCGAUAUUACAAGCUUUAAGGAGAGUGGGGGUAAGAUUCUGAUGUACCAUGGAUAUGCCGAUCCUCUGAUCCCUGCCGGCUCAAGCAUUCAAUACGUUACGAGCACCCUCUCUACUAUGGGCAUCGACGAAUCUCAACUCUCUUCGUUUCUUAGAUUGUUCCUCAUUCCCGGUAUGGGCCACUGCGUGUCUAACGCACCAACACAACCAGGCGCCCCCUGGUAUAUAGCAGCGGCGUCGCAGAUUGCUGGAAUAGCGGGACGGUUGACCGGCGUCAACAAUAUCACGCACUCGGUACCUGGAUAUAUGGACGCUAGACAUGACUCUGUAAUGGCUCUUGUGAAGUGGGUAGAGGAAGGUGUGCCGCCUGAUGAGCUCGUUGCCACUAAGUUUGUGAAUGACACAGCACCAGUUGUUGAGAGCCAGAGAACUGUAUGCCCGUGGCCGAAAGUAGCAAGGUAUACUGGUGGUGGUCUAGAAGCAGCUCAUAACUGGGUUUGUGACUGAAACAGGUAUACAGCUAUCGUAACUCUAUAGAAUGUAUGUCUAGAAGCUAUUGUGUCAAUAUGAUGAUCAAAUAAGUCUGGAUAGUAACGAUGCUAGCUCAGGAAAGGAGGAGGAUCAAUUCUCAGCAUCCACCUCUGGGUUCUUCUGGAAGACUAAUAAGACACGCAGUCAGCCGUACAUGAACAGGAGUGCAAUUCCAAAAGCAUUAGCAUGCACACCCGUUAUGCAUUAGCCUGUAAAAA